GGGGGUCAAAGCCCAAGUCGAACAGUAUUUCUGGGACGCGGGUCACUGUUUCCACAAGUGUCUGGUCAGCACCCUGGCUGCCCAUUGGGGCGGGGACUGGGCCAGCGCUGCUGCUUGGGAGGUGGGGAUUUGCCGGAGGACCCUCCCACUCCCGAGCCAUUUCUUACGUGAGCAUCUGCCCUAACCCUAACCCGCCCCCUCCACUUCUUUUUAUAAGUGGGUAGACUGAGGCACGAGGACAGCUUUGAAGCUCAGCAAAGAAGGGAAAUCCAUUGAGAACAGUCUGUAAAGGUUUUGAAAACCUUCCACAAAUUCCUCUUUGGCGAUUCAUAGUUGCUGUUCCAAGAAAGCAGGAUAUCCCAAGUCCUCCUGCCUGCUUAGACUGUCUAGAAAAUCUUGCAUUCUGCUGUUGAGUACCCUGAGGAGGUAGCAGUAAUCUGAAAGCCCCGAGGGGACUUCUGCUGAAGAAGCAAAGCAGAGGAAGUGUUCUUACUUUAUUCCUUCACCAGAGCAGGGUCCAGAUUCUGACUGCCCGUCACACACUUCCACUGUGAGAAGAUGUCAUUCAGAUUCGGUCAACAUCUCAUCAAGCCCUCUGUGGUAUUUCUCAAAACAGAGCUGUCCUUUGCCCUUGUGAACAGGAAGCCUGUGGUACCGGGACAUGUCCUGGUGUGUCCCCUUCGGCCAGUGGAGCGUUUCAGGGACUUACGUCCCGAUGAAGUGGCUGAUCUGUUUCAGGCAACCCAGAGAGUCGGGAUGGUGGUGGAGAAGCAUUUCCAGGGGACAUCUCUAACCUUUUCCAUGCAGGAUGGCCCAGAAGCCGGACAGACUGUGAAGCAUGUGCAUGUCCACGUUCUUCCCAGGAAGACUGGAGAUUUUCACAGGAAUGACAGCAUCUAUGAUGAGCUCCAGAAACAUGACAAAGAGGAUGAGGACUCUCCCGCCUCAUGGAGAUCCGAGGAGGAGAUGGCAGCAGAAGCAGCGGCGCUGCGGGUCUACUUUCAGUGAUACAGGCACGAAAGUAACUCAAACAAAUCCCAAGGCAUAAGGAAAUGGGCCUCGUUCUCUAGGUCUCUGCGGCAUUGGAAAUGAAGCUAAGCAGACUUUAUUACAACAUACAAUUCUGCAACCUUUUGUGAAGCAUUUUAUUACACUUGUGGAAGCCAUCAGGGUUUUGUUUCAAUCAUGGUGACUGACAGGCUAACUUCAAAACAACGGUACCAACAGCCCUUCCAUAGAUCCUUGGCUAUGUACUUAGAAUAGAACCUUCUCUAAAUUGUCCCUUGGUCUGGAUGGAAAUAAAAUGGUAGUUAAAAUAUCUCAUGUGUU